UUAAAUUUAGUUUUAGUCUACCUCUGCCAGGAGAGGAUGAGGCUCUUCAGAUUCUACUUAAUUCUAGAGAAUAAUUUACGUUAUAGGCCGUGUCAGGUGUGUUCUCUGAAUGUGGACUUGCAAGAGAAGAAUGUUUUUUUCUUUUAGUAGAAAGGAUUUAAUCCUUUGUAGGAUUUUUUUUCCUCUUUACCAUUGUUCAGGAGUUGGUUACAGGUUUUUUUACUGAACAAUCAAAAUCCUCUUUUACCAUUCUGUCCCUAGCAAUAGAUCUCUCUUCUAGUCUUGGUUGAGUAAAAUGUGGCUUUUACAGACUAGCAUGCAAACAUCACAAAUGAUAUUCACAAACUAUUUACUAGCUUAGGUAGAUCUUUAUAAUGAAAAACGCAGGAUAAACAUGUACAUGAGAAUAAGUAAAACUUGUUUUAAACCUGUACAUGGGGGGAAUAAGAUAAUAUACCAAGUUGUCUGCAAUAGUUAUGUUUUGAAUGAUAGAACUGUUUUUACUUUUCUAGACUUCCUACAGUGACUAUGUAUUUACUGACUUUUAUAGUGAAUGAAAUGAACUUGAAAGCAAUUUUUGUUUUACUUUUCUUCAUAGAAGAUUUUAAUAAAGCUGUCUUGAGACAGCUUACCCAAGUUGUAGGAGAGCCCAGCCUAUGACUCACAGGAGUAUUCCAGGAUGAUGAAGAAAGACUUUUCUAGAAGGAAGAUGAAUGCAUUUGCUCAAGGGGAGAGGGAAGUCAUUAUAACUAGAAGCAUAAUCACCAGCCAACUGUGUUAAGUUAUGAGCUUUGAUGGAUCUAGAUGAGAAGGAAGAGGUGUGUGAAGGUGACUGAUGUCCCUGUGGCCUCUGCUUAGCAUACUGAUAGUUUGAACUCUAGCAGACAACAAUCCAAAGACCUUGCUUUUAGCCUAGCUUCUCUUGCUAAGAAGAAAACCAGUAGUUUAUAGGUUAAGCAACAGUAAGCCUUUUUGUCAAGAAUCUGUUUAGAAACAUUAGCAGAGAAAAAGUUGUAUGACCACUGCCAAUUACCUUCAAGAGUGUGUCCUCUCAUGAAGCAUGUGGAGCAUACUUGGGGUAGAUUUACUGGAAAUAAUCCAACUCAAAGACUCUGGGCUGUCUAAAAGUAGAAAACUACUUCAGGGAUUUGUAAGGGAGAAAUACGGUGGCUUUUUCGAGAGGUAGGUGGAUGUGCCAGUGAAGUCUUCACAGGAGCGUUUCCAGUGGGGCAGAUGAAAGAACAGGUGAACUGGCAGAACCUACUGAGAAUACAGUUGUGUCUGGAUCAUGGGGCAGAAGGACAAAACUGCCAAAGCUGAGGUUGGGCAGGCUCCUGAUGGACCCCAGCGGACUCUUGAUGGCACGCAGCUUCCACCCGGACACCCCUCCCUUCCCGGGAGCCAGGGCACGGCGAGCAAGUGCCCUUUCCUGGCAGCCCAGAUGAGCCAAGGGGGCAGCAGUGUCUUCCGCAAAGCCAGCCUAGAGCUUCAGGAGGAUGUGCAGGAGAUGCACGCCGUGAGGAAAGAGGUUGCCCAAACGUCAGUGAACCCAAGUGUGAUUAGUGUAAAGACCGACGGAGGGGAGCCGAGUGGAUUGCUGAAGAACCUUCAGGACAUGAUGCGAAAGCAAAGACCAGAACGAGUGUCCCAUCUUCUUCAGGAUAACCUGCCAAAAUCUGUUUCCACUUUUCAGUAUGAUCGUUUCUUCGAGAAGAAAAUUGAUGAGAAAAAGAAUGACCAUACUUAUCGAGUUUUCAAAACUGUGAACCGGAAAGCACAGUUCUUCCCCAUGGCCGAUGACUAUUCAGACUCGCUUAUCACUAAAAAGCAGGUGUCUGUCUGGUGUAGCAAUGACUACCUAGGGAUGAGUCGCCAUCCACGGGUGUGUGGGGCCGUCAUAGACACUUUGAAACAGCAUGGUACUGGAGCAGGCGGUACUAGAAAUAUUUCUGGAACUAGUAAAUUCCAUGUGGACCUGGAGCAGGAGCUGGCUGACCUCCACGGGAAAGAUGCAGCACUCUUGUUUUCCUCGUGCUUUGUGGCCAAUGACUCGACCCUCUUCACUCUGGCUAAGAUGAUGCCAGGCUGUGAGAUUUACUCUGAUUCUGGGAAUCACGCCUCCAUGAUCCAAGGGAUUCGGAACAGCCGAGUGCCAAAAUACAUCUUCCGGCACAAUGAUGUCAGCCACCUCAGAGAACUGCUGCAGAGAGCUGACCCCACGGUCCCCAAGAUUGUUGCAUUUGAAACUGUCCACUCAAUGGACGGGGCAGUGUGCCCACUAGAAGAGCUGUGUGAUGUGGCCCAUGAGUUUGGAGCGAUCACCUUCGUGGAUGAGGUCCACGCAGUGGGGCUGUAUGGGGCUCGAGGCGGAGGAAUUGGCGAUCGGGAUGGAGUUAUGCCUAAAAUGGAUAUCAUUUCUGGAACACUUGGCAAAGCCUUUGGCUGUGUUGGAGGGUACAUCGCCAGCACGAGUUCUCUGAUCGACACUGUCCGAUCCUACGCGGCUGGCUUCAUCUUCACCACCUCCCUGCCGCCCAUGCUGCUGGCUGGAGCGCUGGAGUCCGUGCGGAUCCUGAAGAGCGCUGAGGGCCGGGCGCUUCGCCGCCAGCACCAGCGCAACGUCAAGCUCAUGAGGCAGAUGCUGAUGGAUGCCGGCCUCCCCGUCGUCCACUGCCCCAGCCACAUCAUCCCUGUUCGGAUAGCAGAUGCUGCUAAAAACACAGAGGUUUGUGAUGAACUAAUGAGCAGACAUAACAUCUACGUCCAAGCGAUCAAUUACCCCACGGUGCCCCGGGGGGAGGAGCUGCUGCGCAUCGCCCCCACGCCUCACCACACACCGCAGAUGAUGAACUACUUCCUCGAGAAUCUGCUGGCCACGUGGAAGCGAGUUGGGCUGGAACUCAGGCCACAUUCCUCAGCCGAGUGCAACUUCUGCAGGCGGCCACUGCAUUUUGAAGUGAUGAGUGAAAGAGAGAAAUCCUACUUCUCCGGUAUGAGCAAGUUGGUGUCUGCUCAGGCCUGAGUGUCGUGACCUCAGUCACUGCACCUAACCCCAGGCCACUCUGCAUCUAGAUAGGCUCUCCACAAUUGUCUUUGUGUGUGAAUUAAAUUAUAUUAAAAUUUAAUCAAUAGUAAACACAUAGUCCUGAAAAUAAAAUCUUGUCUAAGUGA